AUGUCCUCAGAUCGUAUCGAAGGCGAUCCUCAUAUCGAGAAUCUUUUGUUUAUUGAAUGUGGCUUUGGGAAUGAUUCUCAUGGGCAAAAUGCCACGAAGGCCGCUGUUCGAGCUUGUAGGAACGCAAUCGAGUUCAACAGCAUUCCAUCCGUGAAUCGACUAGUACCAGGAGGAUACGACUGUCUCAAGCUUGAUGUUUUGCUUGCGGUCCCUCCCAAGUAUCGUAGCACUUUGGAUUUGGAAAAAGUAGCCGAAGUGUUUCCUUACGGAUCAAUUCGCUUUCAACUCCAGGACGGUGGAAUGGUCGCUCCCAGUGGCAUAGCAAUCGAUUCCCUCGGGGAUCAGGGUGACGACAUGGUAGUAGUUUGUUGUUCUGUCUCUGUCGGCUAUUAG